AUGGCCAAGCUUGAUAGUGCAGAAGAGGCAAGGCGCGCUCAGGAUGUUGAUGUGCCUGGAAUUACGAUCCCAGAAAAUGUCCAUCAUACCGGCAGAGGUGGCGCAGCCAACUUAUAUAAGCCCACAGAGGCGGAGCAAAGGGAAGCACGGGCCCAUAAUGAGAAGGUGCGAUCAGAGUCAUUCAGCAAGGACCGAAGUGGUCUCAAAGGCUUAGCGGGUAAGGCAAAAGAUAACUUGGUCGGCAAAAGCAACGGAGAGAAGCAAUGA